UUUAUGAGUUGAAACGUAAACAAUUAAUAUCAGUGUCACAUAGUCACUUUGACGCUUCCCUCUACCUCAUUUCCUUGUGAAGAUUCAUCUCUCCUCUUCUUCAUAUUUUGUUGUUGCAGACAUUAGUCACACAAUUAAUCAAGCUGGGCUUCUAACAUAAAACUAUAAAGAAUGGAUGCAAACCAGUGGAGAUCGAAGAAGAAAAUAGAAUCUGUAGCAGAAACACUCCAAGGUUCUUCUAGAAGAAACAUCAAACCACAGGCACGUGCGGUUCCUCCAGGAAAUGGAGUUAGACCUGAGAGAGCUCGAAAAAAUCUCAACGAGAAGCUAGAAACUGUAGCCUUAAACUCUCCUAAGAAAGAUCCUCGUGUGAAUCUUUACGGAGAUAAAGACGUAGCAGAUGAGAUUUUCUUGAAAGAUGAAGAAAUGAGUUUGGUGGAUGGAGGAGACUCAUCGCCUUUUUGUGAUAAGCUUCUCCAGCGAAUGGAGCUUCUUGGGAGAGAUCAUGAGGCAAAGAGACUGGAUAACAACAAUUUCAUGAAGGAUAGACAAGAAGAAUCUGCAUUUGAUGAUGUAAUCGAGAUGAAGAGAAAGAUUCACACGUUAACAGCCGAGAACUCUCAGGUAAAGAAGUCUCUUGUGGCCAAAAAAGAGCUCGCGGUGAGCCUGCAAGAGCGUAAGUUUCAAGUGGAAUCAGAAUUCGAAGCGUUGAUGACGAGAUUAGACUCAACGGAGAAAGAAAACGCGUUCUUGAGAUACGAGUAUACCGUUCUCGAGAAGGAUCUCGAAGUAAAAACAGAGGAAACAGAGUAUACUCGCAAGUCCAUGGAGCUAACGCAUAAACAGCAGCUCAGGAACGUGAACAAGAUCGUGGAGCUCGAAGCCGAGUGCAAAAGACUGAGACUCCUGUUUCGCAAGAAGUUUCCUGAUAGGUCGAUCUCCAUGAGGAACGAAGGGGAAGAGAUGAAAAGAAGAAACGCGAAUAAUAAGAGUGAUUUGAUGAUGAGAGAUGAAGCUCAGAGCCGGAAGCUUAAGUACGAUCUGCUGAUGGAGCAGAUAGGUAACGUUAGAGCCGAGAACAAGAAUCUGAUGGACAUCAUUAUGAGGAAGAACAUGGAGAUUAAAGACCUUAGCCGCGGGCAGAAGCCUUUAAGUGCUUCGAGCUUCGAUAUUAGAAGCGAAAAUAGUGUCAUUAGCCCUUCUGGUUCGAAGGAGAUGAAGUUGCUUAUGGAUGACUUUAAUGAGAUGGAGAAGUUAGCUAUUGUUUGUACUGAGAAAGCAGCUCCAAGAGGAGAGGAUGAUGGUGAGAAAGACGACGGGUCUUUCGACUGGAUUCAAGUUGUUUUGAGUGCUGUAUCAAAGCAAGAGAGGAUAUCGAAACGCGGUGUUAAAGAGUUGUUGCAAGACAUCAAGAUUGCUUUGGGAUGUAUGGAUGAUGAUGAUGAUGUAGAGACCAAGAAAGGUGAAGGAGAUCCUCUCUGCAUCACAUGGAAAUCAAAUGUGGAAUCAGGUCCAAUGACAAAGGAUGAGAUCAAGAGACAUUUGGGUCUAACAAAAGUGGAGAAAGUUGAAACUGAAGAGAGGCAAGAACUGAAGGAUAAGCUUGAGGAAGCCGUUGAAAAGAUCAGAAGCUUAGAAGGCGAGGUCAAGGCAUUGAGAGAGAGUAAGGAGAAAGUAGAGGCUGAGAUGGAAACUGAGAGAUCAAUGAAGGAAGAUCUUGAUACAAAGCUACACAUAGCUGAAGCUAAGCUCAACGAGACGGAGAAGAAACUGUCUUCUCUUGAAGUAGAGUUUGAUUAUAGAAAGAGUUGUUGUGAAGAACUCGAAGGGACUUGCAUCGAGCUUCAGCUUCAGUUAGAAAGUGUUGAAACGAAGAAACCAAUGCAUAGAAACAAAAGCGUGAGUAGAAAGGGAUGGGAUAUUGCAGCAGCUUCUGUGAAGUUAUCAGAGUGUCAAGAAACAAUUACCAAUUUAAGGAAGCAACUAAGAGCUUUAUCGACAACAGAAACUAGCAGCACAAUGAAAUUUCUACACAAAAGACCUUCUCUCCGGGAAAGUAUUGAAGACGCAACGGCCAAAGAUUCAUCAUCCUAUAACAGCGUUACUCAUAAUGAUGGUAACAAUAACAACGCCUUGAUCGUGUACGAACCAGAGAAGGCGAAAGGUGGGAAGAUGGAGAUGGUUCCAAGAAAGAAGCAAGGAGUAGGGUUCUUGAAGAGGCUGUUGUUCAGGAAGAAAAGAGUGAGCAGCAAGAAAUAUCUUGCCUUGACUAUGUAAUGAAUAAAAUAAAAGAAGAGGGUUCUUACAAGGGCUUUGGUUUGUGUUUGUGUAUAUAUGGGGUGAGUAAUGAACUGUGUGUGUAUGUUUGUGUUUCUGAGAUGUGUUGAGUGUAGACUCUUUUCUGAUUUUGAUAAUAAAACGAAAUGUAUCCACGUAAA